GUGAAGAUUACAUGCUGGGGUCGUACAACUUGGGUGGGUUGGUUCGCCGAUAUAUUAAUACAAAUUGGGAAUUAAUUAGCUUACUUUAAUUAACUAACUACUUACUUUAAAGAAUCGUUUCAGCACGUCGGUUGACACAUCUGUGGAUGUAUGUAGUAGGCUAAUGUAACAAUGUUCCCGUGUUGCUCUUUAAGGUGCGAUAACUCAUGCCCUGCACGCCUAUAAUAACUAGCAUUAUUUUUUUAUUGCGGUUAUUUUUAAAAUCCAUGAAAAAUGAAGGCUAUUGAGGAGUCGUGUUGUGUUGUCACAGCAUCUGAGACGCACCUCGACCUCAGUCCUGAUUCUCAGAAUAAAGCAUUGAGUUGUAGUGGAGUGUUUGUAAACUCCCAGUCUGGAAUUGUAGUCUGCACUGGCAUUGUGUUUUCUGGCUUUAUAAAUGAACAUUUCGCGAAAAAUGAUUUAAAACCCUUGUAUUCUGAACAUUUUUGUAAAGACAUGAAAGUGUACGUAGAUUACACAAAGCGUACUGACGUUUCCGGAAACUAUAACCAGAGCAUAACGGACCGACCCGACGUGAUCCGCCAAGAGGCGAAAAUGUUAAUGAUGGUUAACUGUUUAGAGUUUCAAGACGCAUUUCAUAAAAUCUUCAAAAGGGCAGAUAACUGGGAUUUUUAUAGUGGCGGUGAGGACACAGGGGCUCAGGAAGACUCCAGGUUUCUAAGCUGGUUUGCUUUUCUUCAAGUGCCUACUUCAUCCACCUAUAGUGAAUCUGUGCCAUGGUUGAAGAGUUGCAAUCUUAAAAAGGGAUUUGCUGUCCUUGCCUGUGGAUCUCCUUUUGGUGGUCUCUGUCCAGAUCUUUUCAUGAACACCAUCAGUAAAGGUAUUGUGAGUAAUCUCGCCGGAGAUGAAAAUGCACUGAUCCUGACUGAUGCCCGCUGCUUGCCUGGCACCGAAGGAGGAGGACUGUUUGUUAGUCAAGAAGACAGAGCUUACCUUGUGGGUUUGAUCAUUUCACCACUAUGCUGGAAGUCAGAGGAAUGGAUUGGGUUGACAUUAGUGUGCUCAGUUCAUUUAAUUCUGAAAAAUAUGCUAAAGGCUGUUGAGUCUCAGGAGUCACAGACAAUGCCUUCAGAGUUCAUCAAUAAGUCUCUUCAAGCACCAUUAACAAACAAUGUCAGGUCAGUGUGUGUACAUUACCCAGAUGUGGCACUGAUCGAUGCUGGUUACUUGUGGGGUUCUGGUAUACUGCUAAACCAGCAAUUGGUACUGACCUGCAGGCAUGUGGUGAAAGACAAAUCGGUGCUUACAGUCAAAGCCAACAUGGGAGGAAGAUUUCAUACAGUGAGUGGUAAGGUGCUGUUCUCAUCAGCACCAUCAUCUCCCUAUGAUAUUGCUGUGGUGAAGCUUCAGGAGCCCGUCUUGAAUUUACAGACUCCCGGGUUUGCCACACAUUUUCACCCAGGUGAGGAUGUAGUUGUCAUCGGUUACGGGGCUUUAGGAGGUAGCUCUGGACCUUCCUUGACAUCAGGGAUCUUAUCCAGAGUCAUCACCCAUCAGUCACAGCCUGUGAUGUUGCAAACUACAUGUGCAGUACAGUCUGGAGCCAGUGGUGGCGCUGUUGUUCGUCCUAGCACUGGGGAACUAUUGGGAGUCAUGUCUAGCAACACAAGAGACUUUUCAGCAAAAGUGACAUAUCCUCACCUCAACUUCAGUGUCCCAGUGACAGUUCUUGAGCCGCUGCUGAGACUCUUUGCUCAAACUGGAAAUGCCACUGUGUUUAAGGCAUUAGACAACGCAGAGGAAGAUGUCAGAAAAACAUGGAGACUACAGAGCAUUCAAAGCAAGCUUUGAUUAUUCUCAUCAAUUCAAGUAUUUGUACAAGACAUUUGAAAAUGAAAUCAUGAGUGAAAAUAAUCAAUGCUUCAUAGUGGCAGGAAGUUGGAAGAAUGUGAUAAAGUUUCCUAGCAGUAUAACGAUAACAUAAAUGCUGUUUUUCAGGCUUGUAUUCCUGGAAAAGACAUGUAGUGCAUGGGUUAACAUUGGGCCCAACACCUUGACUCAGGAAAAAGGGCUUGAAUGAUUUAAACAUUCGCAAAUAUACCCUGCUUGAGUGCCUGCACAUCUAGAGUUGAUGUUUUUGUAAUUUUAUAGCAAAUAUUAGCAAAUUAAAAAAGUAUUUUAUGAUC